CGACGAGGUUCUGCUUUCGUCGCCUUGCCUCAGAUUUGCCCGCGCGGCGCGAGCUCGCUCUUUCCUUCCUUCGUUCCCGCCGGCGCCGCGUGACGUGUUUAGGGGACUUCGGCAUGUCGACUGUGGGAAGCGUUACUGGCAUAAAGUGAGAGACUGCGCGCGCCGGCUGCGUGCUCUUCUCACACUUUUACGAUGGGGGGCGACGUCAGCAAGAAUAACAAGAAGAACCUGGCUCGACUGGAGGAGGGCCAGUGUCUGUCGCGAUGGAGGAGGUGCCUGUCCAGUAUGGGUGUUUCUGGAACUUGCCACCUAAGCCUGCUUCGCUUUGCUUCGUGGCAGUUGGAACGAGAGGUUCCUGUCCCCGAGCACCUCCUGUCCCCUGCACCUGGACCUGAGAAGCCAAACCUCGAGUGGACCCUUCCGGGCUUCAUUUCUAUCUUUCUGCCUGAGUUCCCACACCGCAGGUCCUCUGGACAACAGCACUUACAGAUCCUUGGAUUCAUUGCCAAGGGCUCCUAUGGGCCCAUCCUGAAGGUAAAGGACCUGUGCAGAGAGAAGACGUAUGCUAUAAAGGUUUUACCCAAAUCUGAGAUCCUAAAGCAUGGGGUCCUACAACAGUCAAAGGAGGAGGUGAUCAUUCAGCGGCAGGUUCGACAUCCAUUUCUUCACGACCUGCAGGACUGCUGGCAGACACAACACCACCUCUUCAUUAUGUGUGACUACUACAGUGCUGGUGACCUUUACACCUACUGGAUGAUGAUGGGCUGCUUUCAGGAAGAUGAGCUGCGUGUGUUUGCUGCAGAGCUGGGCUCUGCCUUGGGAUUUCUGCACGAUUUUGGGAUUAUACACAGGGAUGUGAAGAUGGAGAAUGUCCUGUUGACUGACCAAGGACAUCUCCGCUUAGCUGAUUUUGGGUUGUCUCGCCGCCUGGAGCACGGCAGAAGGGCCUUCACCAUCUGUGGGACAAUCCAGUAUAUGGCUCCUGAGGUCCUGAGUGGGGGCCCUUACAACCAUGCCGCUGACUGGUGGUCUCUUGGGAUUCUUUUGUUCUCAUUGGCCACUGGAAAGUUCCCUGUAGCCCCGGAACCAGAGCACUGCAGCAUGCUGAGGAAGGUGCGGAGCUUUCCAUACGACAUGCCCAGCACAUUCAGCCCAGCAUUCGCCCUGCUCCUGAAAGAGCUUCUCUGCAAGACCCCGGCACACCGUCUGCACAGUCUGGAGCGCCUCCAGCGACAGGCAUUCUUCCGCGGCACACCCUUUGACGCCCAACUGCUACAAAAGGCACCUGUGCAGCUGAUCCUGGAGCUCAAGUCGCGACCAGACCACAUGGUCCAGAUGCAGCACGGCUUGACAAACAAAUCCUUCCAGAACUUUGACUGCAACUUCCUAAGUUCCCCCAUUAGCCCCACUGAUCUGUCCCCCACCCUGGCUAACCUUGGUCUCAACUAAGGUCCGAUGCAGGGUCAGUCUGGAUGACAGAGGCCCCUCUGCAGAUUCAUAUCCAGAUGUAUAGCUGAAUAAAGAUGACUCUAAAAAGAUGGAGAAGAUGAGAGCAGUUUUUACUGAGCCCCAUUAGACCCAAAGGUAGCUUGAUCUUUUUGCUGUUUUACCAAUUCGAAUGACACAGGGACCUCAGGCGGGGGGUGCUUAUUUAUUUAUAUAUAUAUUUAUACCUGAAAAUAAUCCCCCACAGGAGGUGUUCUGCAUGUGCCAAGUAGAGAUAUCCAAAUAAAAAGCCUUCUGUUAAAUAUUAAGUACAACAGUGAAACAAUGUCCACAACUUAUUUAGAAGCACCAAUCUGUUUGUUUACAGCUGUACUGGCAGCAAUAUUGGCAGCAAUAUUACAGCGGUAACAGAGAAAACUGGUAUGUGGUAACCAGUCAGGCAUGGCAGAAAUAUUCAUGAACAGGGCAAGUGAGUUACUAAUGUAUGUGAGAAAAUGUUGUGUGCUUUUAGAUGACCAGUGAGUCCUAAUAAUCGCAGUAAAACUGUGAUAUAAUGCACGUUAGUCCUUGUACAGAAAAUCAGUGCCUUGUUGUGUAUUUGUCAUCGUUAAAUUAGUAUUAUGUCCUGGGGAUGAGUGACCUCAAAAGGAGUUUAAGAUAUUUCCACACAAUAUGCGUAAGUGAAAAGAGCAAAGAAUAAUUUUAUGUUGCAUUGCAUCAGAACUAAGCCAUAAUUCCAUUUAAACUGUUUGUAUUGUGAUAUUUAUUAUAUUAUAUUUUACUGUAAU